UAAUAAACCUGAAUCCGUCUCUUUUCCGCAAAAACAUCUCAAAAUGUGAAAUUUGACAAAUGAAUGAUUCAACGCCCUGCUUUUAUUUCAGUGGGGGAAAAUGCGGAUACAAAAGUCCUCUCCUGAAUUCACUCCUCAUCAAACCCAACUUGUGCGCCUCUGACUCUGAGGAUCUUGGCUUAGGAGGAGUUUGUGACUCCUGUAGCUCUUCCUAAAACCUUUACCAAAACCCUUUUUUUUAACCACAACGUGAGAGUUACACAGACCUUUGUCGUGCAAAGUUCGAUCUCUCACCUUCUGGGAAAUGAGCCAAACUAACCGACAGUUAUCUUGGAGCAGAAUGUGGCCAAGGGGGGAGAUAAUAAAGACAGUUGGCGGUGUGAGCGCUCCCAGCAUGACGCUAAAAACCGAAGAAAGUCGGCUCUAUUUCAGCACAAACUCAGCGGGGAACGACAGUCUGAAGGGACCCGAGAAUGCAGACGCAAACAUUUACAACUCCGGACACAUGAAUCUGUUCUCCUGUGACAUGGAAAAACACUGCUGUCAGACAGCUGCUGCUCCUCAAGAGGAAUUGUUAAAUGCUGAGUGCCGUGUGGGUGACAGUCGCUCUUUUUCUGCCUGCGCCACAAUCUCAGAAACAGCCAGGGAGCUCUGCAAAGCUGUGUCCGUGUCACUGGGACUGGCCAUGGAGUCCAAUGACACGAGCGACACGGACGCUACUCUCCCCCCGUGCGCCGCAAAUGACCACAUGCGAGGGGAGUAUUUGUUCGGACUAGGAGCCGUGCCUCUGAGCUGUCCCGGAGCCCAGGCUGCUGCCACCGAGUACAAGUGCCCCGACCGAGAUGAUCGGAAGCAACUGGUUGAAAUGUUCGAAAGUUCAGAGCCUGCUGCGCGUCUGCAAUAUUUCACCCCCACUCAAUCAUCAGUGAAUGAACCAAACUUUACACUCUGCGAGGCUGAUGACAUUACUUCAGAAGAGAUAGAUCAUCAGGACACAGCGGGAGCUGCGUCUUGCACUUAUGCUCCGUCCGCGCCAGGCAGCUUGGCACAGUUCAGCCACGCGGGAACAGAUCGGCCGUGCGGAGUCUACGAGCCCCCAGAUGAAGCGAGAGAGUUCGGGGAAGCCAUGGAGAACAAGUUUGCUGGUUAUCAGCCAGAGCAAUACAGCGUCAAAGUCAAAUGUGAGGACGCCGGAUCUGCCGGGGCGUUGUGGAGCAGCAAUUACACCUUUAACGAGAGAUACAACACUCAGUGUUGGAGCUCCAGGCAGUGCGCUAAUGCGCACAGCACAGGUGCCAACACCGCGUUCGUAUCUAAUCCAUAUGAGAGGAGCGCCAUGCGUCCUGAGCAGUGGUACCCUGGCGGGAUGCUGAGGCCGCCUUAUCCCAACUCUAACAACGUGAAGACUGAAGUCGGCGAAUGGCUGGAUGUCACCUACAAUGACUCCAGGUUCGAGACUGGCAGAGAGCACAUGUUCCCCAUGGAGUUCUUCUUUCCACCACAGAGGAUGUGCCUGAUCUGUUCAGACGAAGCAUCUGGCUGCCACUACGGUGCUCUCACCUGUGGCAGCUGCAAGGUUUUUUUCAAAAGAGCUGCAGAAGGAAAACAGAAAUACCUGUGUGCAAGUAAAAACGACUGCACUAUUGAUAAGCUAAGAAGAAAGAACUGUCCAUCUUGUCGGCUGAAGAAGUGUUUUGAAGCUGGAAUGAGUCUGGGAGCUCGUAAACUGAAGAAGAUUGGACAACAGAAGAACCCUGAUGAAGAUCAUCCUCUUCAGGACUCAUCAGAGGUUGUCCAGAACAUCUCUCCUAAAUUAGGUCUGAACACCAACUCCGCCAUGGUCUUCCUCAACAUCCUGGAGUCCAUUGAGCCUGAGGUGGUGAAUGCAGGACACGACUACGGCCAACCAGACUCGGCUGCCACUCUGCUCACCAGCCUCAACGAGCUGGGAGAGAGACAACUGGUCAAAGUGGUCAAAUGGGCGAAAGGAUUGCCAGGCUUUAGAAAUCUCCAUGUGGACGACCAAAUGACUGUCAUUCAGCAGUCUUGGAUGGGGGUGAUGGUGUUUGCCCUGGGAUGGAGGUCCUAUAAGAACGUCAAUGGCAGGAUGCUUUACUUCGCCCCGGAUCUUGUGUUCAAUGAACAUCGGAUGCACAUUUCCACCAUGUAUGAGCACUGCAUGCGGAUGAGACAUCUCUCACAGGAGUUCCUGCUGCUGCAGGUCACUCAGGAAGAGUUCCUCUGCAUGAAGGCCUUGCUCCUCUUCAGCAUUCUUCCCGUUGAGGGUCUGAAGAGUCAGAGGUGCUUCGAUGAACUGCGUCUCACCUACAUCAAUGAGCUUGAUCGCCUCAUUAACUAUCAAAUGGCCACCAACUGUCCUCAGAGGUUCUACCAGCUCACCCGACUCCUGGACUCUCUCCAGAUGACAGUGAAGAAGCUCCACCAGUUUACAUUCGACCUUUUUGUCCAGGCUCAGUCGCUCCCCACCAAGGUCAGCUUUCCAGAGAUGAUUGGAGAAAUAAUCUCAGUACAUGUACCAAAGAUCCUGGCAGGUUUGGCGAAACCGAUUUUGUUUCACAAGUAGAAGGAUUUUUUUAUUUAUCAAAAAGUGACUCAUCUUUGCUGCCUCCAUAAACUUUAACGAAGGUACUGUUUCCCUAUCUUCAGUCUAAUAGCUCUUAGCCCUGUCCUGUAAUCAUUAUUUUGUUGCUCAAGUUUUUUUGUUCCUUUUAGCCAUAAUUGAGAUUGUUUGUUCAGAACUGUUAAAGCUUUUAUCUGAAGCGCUGCAAGGCAUCACCUGUUGACAGCCCUGCUGUGUCUAAGCGGAGAGUUUGUGUCUCUAGCAGGAGCAGAGACGCUACUUUACAUACACAGUAAGUUUGCAAAUCAUGAUUACAGCAACAUAAAAGUAGCAGGUAAAAAAGAAUUUUUUGAAAGUUUUGCAUGUGAUCUUCAUAUCAUAUACACUUGACGAGGUAUUCAUAAAUACUAAAAAAUAGAUAAAUAAAUGGGACGGUCUAAAGAGUAGAUGUGAAUAAGAUCACACAGAUAAACUUGUUUCCAGUCAACUCACAAAAAACUGUUUUUCUAAGCGAUGCCUUCAGGUGCAUCUGCUAAGUCCCUGCUUAUGAAAUCAGAAUUAGUACAUACAAGUUUGGAGGAAUUUAACUACUUAAGUGCCUUAAAAUCUGAAAUUUAGAUCUUGAAUUUGUUUUUCAAAUUUAAAUCUUACUUAAUUUUUUUAUUAAACUUCCUAACAAAUCGGCAAAAUCCUGAAACCCUGGUGUGAAAUUAAAGCUGUAGUUGGUAACUUUUAAAGAAAAAAUAACUUUUUUCAUAUUUGCCGAGGCUGUCUCUAUAUUUAUGCGGCACUAGAUAAGACAGAUUAUCAGUGAAAAAAAUCACACUAUCCUUCCUGCUCCUUUGUUUGUAGCUCUCUUCAUGGCCUGACUGCAUGUGAACGAAAACAACUGAUCAGAGCUGAAGAGACUCUAACGCAGCUGCCAAUCAUGUCAGUCACUGCUGGUGAACUGCGGUCAAACCUAGGCAGCACUUAAAAUGAAACAAGGUUCUGUUAAUGCGUUACCUAUUUCUUGCCUCCAAUGUUUUCAGAAACAUAUUUUAGUGACUGUUUAGCUGGGCGGGGCUUGGUACUCCAGUCGACUGCUUCCGACAUGGCAGCAGGAUCACAAACUUUCUCAUUUUACAACUAAAUAGUGCAUUAAAAUGUGUUUAUGAAAACAUUACAGGAGAGAAAUAGGCAAUGCACUAACAGAAUUUUGUUUCAUAUUUGAUCAACACUGCUGAGUAUGACAGUUUGACAGUUGAUGAGCAGUGACCAACAUGACUAACAGUUGCAAUAGAAACUCCUCAGCUCUGACUGGUUGUUUUAGGUGCCAUGGAUUCUAGUGGAUGCCAUUAGAGGCAAUAGAGAGGCAGGAAGGACAUAAAACUCUUCACAGAUUAUCUGUCUCAUGUACUUUUUUCAGAAUAUACUGACAAUUUCAGCACAGUUAUUUUCAUAAAAGUUAGUGUGUCAAUAUUGCACAAUACAAAAAAUACCUGAGUCAUUACUGUGAAAAUCAGCGUAGUGAUACUUGAUGGUAGUCAAGAAGGGAACUGCCCAUUGGUUCGACAGCCCAUUGGUUCGACAUCCCAUUGUUCCGACCAUAUAUCAAACUCAUUGUUCCUAAGUCCGUUCCGAAAUCAUCAUGAUGCCCUGUGGUUAAGGUCUGGUUAGGUUUAGGCACAAAAACCACAUGGUUAGGGUCAGGAAAAGAUCAUGGUGUGGGUUAAAAUGAAAAAGAAAGUGGGAAACACAUAAGCCGUGAGCCUGCUCCGCCUCAAGCCGGUCGCGGUGCACCAUACACCGGUUGCGAGCCGUUCAGCACCGCGGACAGUCGGACUAAUGGGAUGUCGAACCAAUGGGCUGUCGAACCAAUGACAUGGACCCGUCAAGAAUGCCACCUGUAAAACACAAACUUGAAAACAUUAGGUGUUCCUGUUGUUUGAAUAUACAGUAGUGUUAGUGCUGCAGGUGGGCAGAUAAGGAUAAUGUCUGCUGUGUGGACAUAUGACAUCUUAAUUAGAAAGUUCAUUAAUUCAUUCAUUCAUUCAUUAGAAAGUAAAUAAUGAAUCAAAGUCAAUCACAGUAUUAGUUACUGAUAUGGAAAGCCAACUACCAUAAAACUUCAAUUAAUAGCCCAGGCUAUUAUUUGCUUAUAUUACUGAAAUCAACAGGCCUUUAUUUGGGACAGGCCUUUAAUUCCUUUCACACAAAAGUGUUGCUCAGCAAAAAUCUGGGAAUACAAUCAAAAUGAUUUUUGAAUCAGUAUGAACGUUACUUGUGUAAAAACUAGGCUUCAGAUUAUAUAUCAGCUAUGACUAAUUUGAUCUUGCUUUGACAGACAGUGCAUCAGAGGGAGAGUGAGUUACAGCAUUCGAGGAUUACGGCACCUGGUGUACCAACACAAGACCACUUUAUCCUGUUAAAACAAUACUCACAACUUGGAUUAAUUUUUAUGAAAAACCCUUUUGAUUCUUUUGAUCUGAGGACCUUUAUUGAUUAAAGGAGUAUGAAUAACGUACAAGGUAAUCAAGGAUUGGACACAUCCUUUGAGGUAACCAACAACCUGGUUUUCAUAGAACUUCUAUGAAAAAAAAUGUACUGCUUGGCAACCAGACCAGGCGUCUAACUGAGACAGGCAUUUAUUUGUCAAUAGGUGUAUCCACACCAGGCUAGUAAAAGGGACUGGGCGUUUAACUGAAGUUUUAUGGUGUGGGCUCACAUCCCUCUCAACUACUAUGAUCGCAGAAAAUUCCCUCUCAGUUGUAUUUAUCAUUUAACUGAAGUGGUUCUGAACGCAAUCGAAGGCAACAAUAUAUUUGUUUUUAUCUCACAGUGAAAAUAUGUAUGCAAGACUGUGUCCAUCCAGUUAUCAUUUAAAAUCAUAGUAAUACAGUUCUUACAAAAUACACCAUAGUGUUACAUUCAGCUACGUGACAGUCAUGAAAGAAAAAACCUGCGUUAUAUACUGUUAAACUGUAAACAGCACAUUUCCCUUAUUGACUGAGCCAAUGCAGCACAAUACAGACAUCUCUAAACGCACUGCAUGUUUAUCAUCACUCUGCACCUAGAAACUUUUCUCAUCACAUUGGCAGCAAAUGCGUAAAGCCAUUUUCUUGAUGUCACUAAUUGUAAAGCAUCGAAGGUAUACUAUGCAGGCUUGUUAGUUAUUGUUUGUAAAAAGUAACUCGCCAGUGAUAGCGAAAGUGAAAGCCAACCCCAGAUUCACUCUCGUUUGGGGUUUUGCCCCUAAAUAUAGAUGUGACUCUUGGAUUCCUGCAGCUCUUUUUCAUAAAGCCUCAACCUCACCUGGUCGCUGUGGGGGUACAUGCCUAUAAAUGUCCUGAGCACAGAAAAUAGAAGAAAAUGAGUAAACACAUGCAGAGGGCAGUCUCACGCUGCUAGUGGGUCAUAAGUGAUAAUUUAGAGGGUUUAUUUCUGUAUGAGUCUAUACAUUGUUUUUCAGAAAAAUCCUGCAUAACUUUGUGUAGAGGAUGAACUUGUUAACGCAGGUACUGGGCAUGAGGGAAAUUGGAAAAGAUCAGACUGUCAGUAUGUUAAAAAGUCUUGAUACUUUAUUUCUCCACUGCACAGCUAUACAGUUAAUGAUAACUGCAUAUUAAUAAUGCAACUUUGAAGAAGUUGCCACAGAGAUAUCAUGCCCUCUUCUGCAUGCCAAACUGUGUCUGGUUAGAUACAAAAAGUAUCAAACUCCCCUUCAGAUUAUUUUUGCAUUUAUGAUAAAACAUUGAAAAGCAAAGCAAAGGCAUGUGAUAAAUUACAAGCUUGAAGCAGAGGAAGAUAAGUUGCCCGCAGUUAGUGCUGUGCAUUAUAUUGGGAAUACACCAUCCAUGAUAGACAACAUGGUGUUAGCAGCAUCAUGCUGUGUCACAGCAGCAGGGACUGGGAGAUUGUAGGGACACAAGGAGAAGAGUAUGGCACCAAAUACAGUCAAACGCUUAAUGACAACUUGAUUUAAAGUUCCAGUGAUCUGAGAUUAGGACGUUAAUGUUCCAGCAGGACAGCAAUAGAAACUUACAGGCAUCCUUGCAACUGGAAAGGCUUCAGAUGUAGAAUGUGGAAGUCCUUGACUGGCCCUGCUAAUCCUCAGAGAUAAAAACUAAGAGAAAAAUCUGUGGAAUGCCUUGAAGAUAACUGAUCAAAGGGAGAGCUGAGAAGUAUUCAUUCGUGGAGUUGAAUACAAUUAUCGUUUUUAUAUUUUGUUUAUAAAACAUAAAGCAAGGCGGUGAAACAUAAGGCACUUUGUACAUACAGCUUGGUGGUCUACUUCCUGCAGAGUGUAAAUCACACCGAAAUAGUGUCUUUCAGUGAAGAAACCAGAGGUGUAGCAGGUCGACAUGUUUAUAACAAUCAGACACAAACUUCAACUUUACUUCUGUGGUACAUUCUGCAACAUUGUUUUAUUACUCUGUAAAUUCAACACUUUUUAACAAUUCCAUAUUUCUUUCUCGAGCUUACACGCAUGCAUCAUGUGUUUGUAUAACUGUAUGCGUCAUUAUUAGCUUUGCACAAAGCAAUGCACGGACAUCCAUGUAUCUCUCCUGUUUAUUGUAUCCUGACUGACAGUGGCUACGUUUGCAUGAAUAUGACAAUAUUCUGAAUCUGAUGCAGGUCAUGUAAACAGCGUAUUCCGUUUGGAUACUCAGAAUUAGGCCUUUUUACAAAUUUAACAUUUUCAAAUUAAGACAUGCAGGAUAUGCAGAUAUUAUUCAGGUUUUAAUAGCAUUCUUCAGACGUGUAUGCAGCUCAUUCGGAAAAUGCAUCUCAGCCGGGGUUUUCCCGCAGUUUGCGACAUACGGUCAGCUUUGCGCAUUUGUCAUGUAGACCUUGUACUAAAACCAACUCUUCAGCUGUUUGCAAGGCUGGUGUAGAAAUGCAUACCCCCUCAAAAAAAGCCCACAUUUCUGGUCAGAAGAAGAAACACACCUACUUUUAAACAUUAUCAAAGAGGUGGAUAUCAUGUUUUUUUGGAUAUGCACAAAUAUCGCAUCACCAACCUUUUCAAGAGGACUUUAAAAAAGUCCUAUUUUGAUGCAAAGAACCAGAAUGACAAGUGGCUCCAGCCGUUCUACUUUUCUAUAUUUUGACAUGAUAAACGACAUGUUGGGACACGUUAAUCAGAGUGUCCACGGCUGCAUGUAAACAGGAAUAUUAGCAGAAUAUUCAUUUUCAUAAGCGAUGUAAACAGCUUGGUAGAAAUAUUGCCUUUUUUGAAAUCAAGGCAAAAAUCGGAAUAUUUUGUGCAUGUAAACGUAGUCAGUUCCAUCACUGUUCAAAGCAUGGGACAUCUGUCAGAAGAUAUGACACCAUUUUGUUGUACAGUGUACAGUGAUAUCAGUCCCUUUUACAGUUUUUUGUAACUGAUUGAUGCAAAAACUUCAGUGGAGCAUUUUUAGUCGUUUACUUCAUCUGCAGAGGUAAUUGUUUUCAUGUCUCUAUCUCGUCUUUAUACAAUAUUUGCUCUGUAAAAAGGAAUGGGGGAGAAAUGGAAUCAGUAGCUACGGACAAGUUCAGGUGAUCCAUGAGACUCAAA